AUGGGAGAGGUGAAGCUACACGGGUUCUGGGCAAGCCCUUUUAGCCACAGAGUGAUAUGGGCUCUGAAACUGAAGGGUGUGGAGUAUGAGUACAUGGAAGAAGACCUCUCCAACAAGAGUCAACUGCUAUUACAGUACAACCCAGCUCACAAGAAGAUUCCUGUGCUCGUUCAUCGGAACAAACCCGUCGCUGAGUCGCUUGUAAUCCUCGAAUACAUCGAAGAAACAUGGCCGGAGAAUCCUCUGCUGCCGCUAGAUGCAUGCGACAGAGCCAUGGCCAGGUUUUGGAUCAAUUUUGGUGAACAGAAGAACAACAGGAGAGGCACAAGAGAAAACAGGGAAGAAGUAGCUCAAAUUCUCAAGACCAUAGAGGAGAAAGCCCUUGGAGAUAACAACUUCUUUGGAGGCAACACACUGGGACUAGUGGACUUAUCAUUUGGAUGGCUCCCUCAUUGGUUUGAAGUGACGGAGCAAGUGCAGGCACGAAGCUACUGGAUCCGACUACUCUGCCGCGUCCUUCAUGCCUGGGCUCAAAACUUCAAGCAAGUUCCUGUGAUAAGAGAUAACCUUCCUGAUCCACAAAAAUUAUCUGCUCAUUUGAAGCGCCUCAGAGGGAAUCUACUUAAAAAUUAG